UCGAAUUUGUUUCAAACAACACGAACGUGAAUGUGAUGCUUCAUACGUUACAUAAUUAGUCCUAGUUAACUACACUAUACAAACCCACACUUUCUUGUGUUUUCUAAGUUUUCUUUUGCAUCAAAUUCUUGACUACGAACAAGAACACAUUUUGGGAUUGAAAGCUUCACAAUUGCAACAAAUUUGAAAUUUCCACCGUCUCUUUUCCGUUUUAUUUUGCAUUUCCGAUUCAUCUCUGACCCUAUUUUUUGGUUUUAACUUGUCAGAUUGUUGGCGAAGAUGGAACCGGACAACAUUGACUGGGACAACAUCGAUUCUACGUUCGUGCAAGAUGACACCUACGAGAACUUCGACGCGCCUAUGUGGGUUGAUCUCUCUGCUUUUGACGAGUCUCUUGUUGAUGAUGAAGCCUGGUUUUGCACUCACGGUUGUAAGCAUCCCAAAACUGCUGAGGAUUUUCUUAAACCUACCGCCACACGCAAUUCCAAGGCGAAGCUAUUAAGAUUUCCAUCCAUUUCUGAAAUUCUCCCCUUUAGGGACAGACACAGAAGGGAAAAUUCUUCAACUGUGGAAAGUUCUAAAGCCAAGUCUAGGGAGAGGCCUAGUUGUUCAGGAAACUUUUAUGAAGACAGUGAGAAUAGAAAUCCGAACUUUUCAGGUCCACUUCCCAGUGGUAGGACCAACAAGUUGAAGAAGCCGUUGAUGAAGACAAACGGGCCCAAUCCAAAACAGUUGGAUGGUCCAGUGGAGUGUGGUGCGAAAAGUAACCGAAAAUCUCAGCUGAAGAGUACUUUCUCCGCACAAAAUUUGUUGGGUGGCAGAGAGAUUCUGAGUCAGAUCAGCGGGUUAUGCUCUGAAUUGAAGAGGCUAGCAAGAGGGAAGAAAGGGACAAGUGAGAAAGUUGCAAGUUCAAGUGGUUGGGUGUCAGAAGAAGUGAAGGAAAGUAUGGUGCACAAGGAAAGGGUACCUCUGCUUGUGGUCAAGAAAUCAAGGGAAGGACACUCUUGAUGAUGGAACAUGAAACAUGAUCAAGUAACCAAGUUGAUUGUAUCUGAAUUUUGAUCCCCAUAUACAGGAUUUUGACAGUGAAAUGGUGCUAUAAUCAUGCAUUUCAAUUGGAUUUUCAGAGUUGGUUUAAUAAAAAAAGUUCGUGCCCGGACCAAGAAGAGUUUGGCCUAGUCUUUCUUUUUGUUGGAGCCGAGGGAAAGUACAUGAUUUAUGACAAGAAAAUAUUAAUUUGAUCAUUUAUAUCUUCUAACUUA